AUGCAUACAUUAUUUGGCGUAUGUGAUGAUAAAUGCACUAAGAAAACACAAGAAGCUAUAAAAAAAACAGAAGAAUCCGGAACUAACAUAUUGCAUAUAAUGGAAACCCAAACUACUGUAGUAAAAUCAACAAUAAGAAAUAUUGGUAACACAUUAAAUCAAACCGGACAACUAUACAAUAUUAUUACGGAAAGGGAGCAAAAACUAUAUGAAAAAAUGUCAAAAAUACAGAAUAAAACAAACGAUUUAUUAGAUUUGUUAAUGAAAAAUGAAAUACAUAAUUUAUAUACAAUAAUUACAAAUCAAUAUUCUUACGAAACAGAAACAUUAGGGCAAAUAGUAACUGCCGCUAGAGAAGGAAUGAUACAUCCAAGUCGUAUGACACCGCAAGAACUAGCAUCAACAUUAAAAACAAUAGAACAAACUAUAAAGAAAACAUAUAGUAUUCCGGUGGGAACAAGGAGAUGGGAACUAAAUGAAUUUCAAAAAAUUACAAAAAUAAGAAUCUACUAUACAGACAACAAAUUAGUAUUUGAUAAAGUAAUACCAUUAAUUGUUGACACUGAACUUACAUUAUAUAAGUUAACAUCAGUACCAAUGCGUCAUAAGCAAGAUAAUUCUAGUGGGUGGUACAUGAUGGACAUUACUUACAAUAAUAUUGCUGUAACCAGAGGAUAUAAAAAGUUUACUACAUACACAGAUCAACAAUUAAACGAAUGUAAUGAAACUUCAAUAUACAGAAUAUGUAAAACACCACAACCUAUACAGGAAAACAACGAACGCCAACCAUGCGAAGUGCAAAACUUCAUAAAAUCUGACACAUAUUCUAAUCCUGAGAUAUGUAUGGUAAAGAAAAUUAAUUUAAAGAGAAGCAUAUACCAAAAAUUGCGAAAUAAGAAUACAUGGAUUCAUGCAGGAAAAGAGACACUAACAAUAAGUUGCACCAACCUAAUAGAUUCAUUCAUAACAGAAACAAAUGAAGCAGGAGAAAUAACUAUAAAAGACAUCAGUUGCCAAGUAUUAGCACGGAAACUUUAA